GUAUCUGGGGAUCCAUGACAGUCAUUAAAGUCGCAUGCCUAGAAGUACAGCAGCUGACGAAUUAGAGUAGCUAUGUUUAAAAUAAGCUGUUAACUAGCCAACCGAAAUAAGCAGCAACAAGAAAGACACGUAAAGACAUGGUGCUUCGCUUCUAAUAUAUUUUUCUACAUUUUUGUGUUAAAAUAAUGAAAAUGGGUGCGCUCCAAAGAUGUUUAUCCAGCGGUAGCGGAAACGGCCGCGGGGUGGCGAAUAGCAAGCAUCAUCCCUCCAUGCCCGCUGAAUAUCCCCUCAGUCCCAGCACCUCUGCAGCGUGAAUCCCUCCCUCCACAUCAAAGAUAUCCUCUCUGGACACGCAGCUGGACCAACGUUUCUAAUUUUACCGGGCUACACUUAUCUCCAGCAAAGGUAACUAUGCUCGUGGAGCCUGAAUGCCAUGACUGCAUAGAUGAUUUGGUGUUCAAGAUCUUGCAAGCAAAGGACUCCACCGAAGGUUCCUGAUUGUUGGUUUUAAGGGUGUUUACCUACUUCUGGUUACACUUCCUGGCUUCUGCUUUUGCUCAGCAUUUCCUCAUCCCCUUCUUAAAGGCAGGAUGUUUGUAGCUUUUGCAGAACUCUGACCUUACUGUAAAAAAAGGGCAUCACGAGACUUUUCACCAGUGAACUGAGUUGUCACACCAAGACAAGAUACUUGGCCUUGAAAAGGGCACCUCUACCUCACCCUUAUCCCCCUGCCCUGUACCAUGCUGGGUGCACUCUUGCUGCGGAGGAACAUGUCCCAGAAGCUGAGUGUGCUGCUGCUGGUAUUUGGGUUGGCAUGGGGAUUGAUGCUGCUGCGCUACACCGUGCAGCAGCCUCGCCAUCAAAGCAGCGCCGAGCUACGCGAACAGAUUCUGGAGCUCAGCAGGCGAUAUGUGAAGGUCCUGACGGAGGAGAACCAGAAUGCGCCAGGAGGGCCACAGGGAACGUCCAUGGCAGGAUACGCUGACCUGAAGAGGACCAUAGCUGUUUUGCUGGAUGACAUUCUGACACGGCUGGUUAAACUGGAGGGGAAAAUCGAACUGGUGGCAAAUUCCUCCUCAACAAACACAUCGCACUCGGCAGCAGCGGGUGUCCCUGCUGGCCUGCGGAAAGCUUCAAAGCAGGAGUCAGCAGGGAGCCAUCCCGGGAUGCCACGUCUUUAUCCACACCUCCCUAGAAGACCUCGACCGCAUUAAAACUGAGCUCUUUUCUCCUGAAGCACCUAUACAUCACUGCUCACUGGUGUAUCGGCAUCAAGUGAUCAAGUAGCAAUAUAAACAUAUAUAUAUAUAUUCGGUGCGGUCGGAGAAGGACAUGAAGCGCUUCUUUGUUUCCCAACUUGUCGUUCUACAUUCAGAUUUUCGUGUUUAUGUUUUAUAUUUGCAUUGCAGAAUUUAUUUCAGUUUUUUUUUCCUUAUCCUUGCAAGUUUGACUGUUAAAAUAAAUGCAAAUUUCAAAGGAAACCAAAAAAAAGCUGAAAAAGGUGGUGAGAAAUUUGCCUAAAAUAUCUCACACUUGCAUCAUAAAUAGGUUUCCAGUACAGCAUCAGCAAACACUGAGCUCAACCAUACACUCAAGACCAUGAAGAACAGCUGUGCUUUAGUGGUUCAGAAGGCACGCUUAAGAAAGAUGACUAUUUUAGCUUGUGAUCAUUACGCAUUAAUAAAGUUUGCUCUUAAGAAUAACCCAAAGAAUAGAUUUUUAGCGCUUCAUUCAAGGCAAUAUAAAUGUACAUGUUUUGUUGAAGUAUGUGUAGAAUGAAAUGUCUUGCAACUGUAAACAUCUGUCUGAGUGUGUGGGCUUGCCAUAUCUGUUCAAAUCUAAUGUGCCGUAGAGCUGUUUCAAUACGGAUCAUGAAGAACAUUGAAUGUACCACGCUGUCUGUGGGUCUGAUUCGUUCAGGGUUCAUAUCGCACUGUGACUACAGAGACUUCUUUAAUAUACCGAGCUUAUCUUAACUUUAGCUUCAGGAAUGUUUAAAGGGGAGUGGAAUGUGUUGGAAUGUUCCUCCGAUUGCUCUGUGUAAUGCUGAUAAACUGGUGGAAUACCAGUUGGCUAAUUCACCGUUUUGAUAGAGGUGAGGGUUUCUCAAACUGACAUCAUUUGGAAGUUUCGUGUGAUUAAAAAUUCAGUGUGGGUGAAAAUUGUAA